AUGUCUCCCUCGGGGUCAGUGUGUGAGCUUUACAUGGAGGUAAAUUCCAGUCAGUGCUCCCAAAACAACUGUCAGAUAUCAGCAGCUCCCUCAGGCCACACUUUGACUGAUCAAUCGGUUCUUCCAAUCAGAGGUCUGGAGGCAAAGUGCGUGUUCACUCACUGGAUAAAUGUCUCUUUAAUUCUCCAGCACGGAGCAGAUCCGACCAAGAAGAACCGGGACGGGAACACGCCUCUGGACCUGGUGAAGGACGGGGACACCGACAUCCAGGACCUGCUCAGAGGAGACGCUGCGUUGCUGGACGCCGCCAAGAAAGGCUGCCUGGCCAGAGUGCAGAAGUUGUGCAGCCCCGACAACAUCAACUGUCGGGACACGCAAGGACGCAACUCCACUCCGCUGCACCUCGCAGCCGGAUACAACAACCUGGAGGUAGCCGAGUAUCUGCUGGAGCACGGAGCCGAUGUGAACGCGCAGGACAAAGGAGGGCUGAUACCUUUACACAACGCUGCUUCCUACGGGCAUGUGGACAUCGCCGCCCUGCUGAUUAAAUACAACACGUGUGUGAACGCCACAGAUAAGUGGGCGUUCACUCCUCUUCACGAAGCCGCCCAGAAAGGACGGACUCAGCUCUGCGCCCUGCUGCUGGCCCAUGGAGCCGACCCCACCAUGAAGAACCAGGAGGGUCAGACGCCGCUGGACCUGGCAACCGCUGAUGACAUCAGAGCGCUGCUGAUUGACGCCAUGCCACCAGACGCCCUGCCAAGCUGCUUAAAGCCGCAGGCCACCGUGGUGAGUGCCAGUGUGGUGAGUACAGGUGCAGCGGGGGGCGUGGUCAUCUCUCCGUCUCCGUCUCCGUCCUGCCUGUCAGCAGCCAGCAGCAUAGACAACCUGACCACGCCCCUCGGUGACAUCACGGUUGCUGGGGCGACGGGCACAGCAGACGGAGCAUCCGGGUCGGACAGGAAGGAGGGAGAAACGCUGCUCGACAUGACCAUCAACCAGUUCCUGAAGAGUUUGGGGCUGGAACACCUCAGAGAAAUCUUCCAGCGGGAACAGAUUUCUCUAGAUGUGCUGGCUGACAUGGGUCACGAGGAGCUGAAGGAGAUCGGCAUCAACGCUUACGGUCACAGACACAAACUCAUCAAGGGAAUCGAGCGGCUGCUGGGAGGCCAGCAAGGUGCAAACCCUUACCUGACGUUCCACUGCUCCAGUCAGGGCACGGUGCUGAUCGACCUGGCACCAGACGACAAGGAGUUCCAGUCUGUGGAGGAGGAACUACAGAGUACGAUUAGAGAACACCGAGAUGGAGGCAACGCAGGCGGAGUCUUCAGCCGGUACAACAUCAUUAAGAUUCAGAAGGUCGUGAACAAGAAGCUACGGGAACGAUACGCACACAGACAGAAGGAAAUUGCAGACGAGAAUCACAACCACCACAACGAGCGCAUGCUCUUCCACGGUUCUCCCUUCAUCAAUGCAAUCAUCCAUAAGGGCUUUGACGAACGCCAUGCCUACAUCGGUGGCAUGUUCGGUGCUGGCAUCUACUUUGCAGAGAACUCUUCCAAAAGCAACCAGUACGUUUAUGGGAUCGGUGGAGGAACGGGAUGUCCGACCCAUAAAGACCGAUCCUGCUAUGUGUGUCACAGACAGAUGCUGUUCUGCAGGGUGACACUGGGUAAGUCAUUUCUUCAGUUCAGUGCGAUGAAAAUGGCCCAUGCCCCUCCUGGACACCACUCCGUUAUAGGGCGACCCAGUGUCAACGGACUGGCAUAUGCAGAGUACGUCAUCUACAGAGGAGAACAGGCUUACCCAGAAUACUUGAUCACCUACCAGAUUGUGAAGCCAGAGAGUCUGGCCACACCUGCUGCCACUGCUGAGCAGAAGUCCUAAAGCGCCGCCACGGCUGGAUGUGAAGAUGGCCAGAUUGUAGUGGACUCUCUAGGAGGACUUGGAACUGAACUGUAAGGCGUUUCAGACCUCAGAGCUGAACUUGAGAAGGACCGGGUCAAGAAGUGCCGACUGGGCAGGAGUCAGAUCCUCGGAACAGUCUCUAAACGGAAGAAGACGAGGAGGAUGAAAACACAAUGUUUUUUUAGUUUUGGGGUAAAAUAGAUAUUCAGUCAAGAGCAGCAGACAGCAAAAUCAUUUUUAAUCAAGUCUAACUUUGAGAUGGAAAUGCGAAAGUGCUGAUUAUUGUUUGUGGAUGUGCACCAGGAUGCUGUUUUGCAGGUCCCUGAUAUGAUCUAAAAAUUAAAGCAAUUACAACAAAACAUAAUCCAAACCCAAACAAACGCUGCUGUUCCUGCACCUUUGCACCGCUCACAUAUUCUACCCCCAGAUUUUAAUGUGUUGUUUUGAUAUCACGUCCUCUUUGGGCUUUGUGCAUCAUCUACAACAACAAAAACAACACCCCCAGGUCACUCCCAGGAAGCGGUGAUUGUUGUGCUAAGAGAACAGAAAUCCGGUGCUUUUUAUGUCACAUUUCCACCAGUGAGGCUGAUGUAAACAAAACAAGAUUUCUGUUUUCUUUCAUAACUUUUCGAAACAGAAGAAGAUACAUGAAAAUGGUUGUGCAGAAAAGAUGAGUAAUAGAGAUUAGUGUAGAUGAAUACCCGGGAGUCGACAAGACAGCAAUCCACUACAGUCCAUACUGGGACCAAACCAGUUCAUUUCAAAACUGCUGCUGCCAGCACACAACAAGCCCCAUACACUGAACAAUAACAUGCACUUCACAUACAGAUAUUUCAAACUUUUGAAGGCAUUUUUGGGUUCAGAAAAAGAAGCUAAGUUGAGCGAAGUUGUGACAAGCAAGAAACAACCACAAUAACAGACUAAAACAAGAAGCCAACACUGUCCUCUCUGCUCUUAUUGUGAAUAGAUAUUUCCACCAAGAAUCAUCUGAAAAUAACUCAUUACUGGCUUCGUGUUGCUGCAGAGAAUUUGGAGGCUUUAUAGGAACUCAAACAUGGUGGUUGCAGCUUGUUUCAGCUCCGCUCCAACUAAACCUGCCUGAACUUUCACUAAACAAUAAAACCGCAAAGAUUGUGACACUUAAAUGUACAAAAUUUCCUCUCAGCUGCCGGUUUAUUAGGCACACCUACCCAAAACAAAUGCAGUUGGAUAAUAAUCUAUCUUCAUGCAGUGAAAGUGAAGGAGUUUCACAUCUUGAAUGUUGAUAAAUUACAGGAAAAUGCAUUGAUUUGUUCCAGAUAAAGUACCAGUACUCAUUGCCUUUACAGCAGGCGGACUGAUCGGGCUUACUGUCGAGCGUAGUCAACCCACAAAGACCUAUUCUAAGCUAAGAAAAACACACACUGUUGAACAAGUGUUGUUGAAACAGUUUCAGAGAGCUGUUGAUUCAACCUCAUGAUCACUUUCAAGGAUGUAGCUUGUGGUGCAUUAUACAGAGGGUUCUAUUAUCUCACAUAUCCCUAUUGAUAAAAAUAGGUAGGAUGAAAUAAAAAAUAUAACCUUCAUGAAGGUCAAAUUCUCAGUACUGCUGUAAAACAGACUGGCAACCAAGGCAAACAUUUCAUUCAUUACACCUCACUCAAAGUGUUCAAUACCGACAUUAAGCUCUAUGUUUACCACUCCAGCCAGUAUAUAAUGCUUUCUGCCACAUUACAGAGAUAAAAGAUGGAGGUCCAGCUUUCUCUGUGUGGCGUUCUUGCUCUCUGUUUAGUGUAAAGUUCUGUUACUUUUACUUUUAGGAGAGAAACUGAAUGUAUGGCGUGUAAAACAGUUUCCGAUGGGGAAAAAAAAAGGGAUGUUAUUCUCUUUAAAACCCCACUUUGUCAUUAAUCGUAAUGGGUUAGGCGAAUUUUAAGCAUUCACACAUUUGUGCUGUUACACCUCUGUGACUCAACGGAAGCAUUUUUUUUUUCGUUUUGUAAUUUAAUGUGUCUGAAAUGGGCCCACAUUUUUAUCUGGUUGUUUACAUAAACCUGCUGCCUUCCGGCCUUUUUCCUCUUUAACUCUAACUGUUGAUGCUCUCUAGUGGUCCAACGGAGGCACUGCUCGUUCGCAGCACUGACCUGAAGGGUAGAAUAACAGUGUAAGGAUUACAUUCUAUUUGUGUAUUUCUAAGGCGUAUUUCAUUUUUGUUUUCUGCCUUUCAUCUGUUUGUUUUCUUUUUGUACUCCUGAGUUUACACUCCUUAAACAAAUGUGAAAAGUGAGCCUUGUCACUGUACCUCAGCGAGCCAUAAAACAGUUUUGUAUAACCGGGAAUCUGCAGGUUGACUGAGGCUGACGAUGAUGAGGAUAAUAGAUAUGUUGUACAUAAAGAUGAGCUAUCACACAUGUGUACUAAAUAGUAAACUACCAUGUACAACAUGGUCAUAAUGGAAGAUGAGCACUCCUCACACUACAAACUAUAAGCUUGAGUUCUUUGUGUUUCUGUUGAUAGUUUAUUAUUUAUGGUUGUUUUAAUUAAUGACACUGUACAUCACAUGGGACCACACAUGAAAUUAUAUUUACCUCUAAUCAGGUCACACCAAGUUGUGCUGAUGGUCUUUGAAAUUCCUUGAAAACUUGUGGAAUAAAAAUGGAUUUAAAGGCUUUUGAGAGAAAGAAAAGUGCAUCUGGUUAAGUCUGUUAAGUUUACUUAAAGACAUCUUUCUAGCUUGAUUUUAAUUGGACAUAAAACAGACAACUGAUAAAGUCUAACAGCUCUGAUUGUUGGUUUAUUUUUAUCUCGACACUGUGAGCUUUAACUUUGUCUGAUUUCAGCUGAUUCGUACAUUCAGUGGAAAAGAGAGAAUGAUUUUUAGUCUGAAGUGAGUCCAAACCAAUAUUGAUUCCUUGUAAACUGAGCCUGAAAUCUUUUUUUUUUCAUUUAGCAGCCAGCUGGCAGAGCCUCAGUUAAUAAUCUAAACAUUGUUUUUGUCUAUUUUUAAGCUAUAAAGAUCCUACAUCAGCAUUUCCCUUCCAUUGUGCAGCCCAAACUUCUGCGAUUCAUUUCAGGGAAAUUAAGUAAAACAAAAAGCAGAUGAAUAAGUAGAGACAAUAACUGACAACAACUGCAGAAAUUAGAAAAAUGAACAAGGCUGACAUUUAAUCAGGAUGACAGGAAGUUUUAUAAUGGAAGAUUAAAGCUGCUGCACUGGAACGCAAUUAACUUCCUACAUGGCCUUUUGUAAAAUAUGUUUUUCAGACAUCUAGCUUGUUACAACACGCUUAGAUCUCAAUUCAUAAUGCUCAGAUAAGAAUUCAAAGCGGAUAAAUGUGACGUUCCUGUUUGCUUUUAACGCCUUUUGUUGUCCUCUGCACUGGGACGGAGGUUUCAGAUGAACCUGCAGCGUCACAGUUGGCUCUCUGAGUUUAUGGAGAGCAUGUGGAGUUUACAGCAUUGACCUCAUUCAGGUCAGCAGCUCUGUAUGAUUUAGCAUCAGAAAGCUGUUUGAAAUUAGACUGUAAAUAAACUAACUCCAGAUGGCCCUUUAACGGGUCUUUUGUGGAUGGUUUUGGGUUCUUUCUUUCGUUUUUUUUUCCUCCUUGGAAAGACUUUUCAAAGAUCUUUUUUAUGUGAUAACCAUUUGAAUUAUGUUGUAGCUGGUCUGUCUCUAUUGAUUUGUCUCAAGGGCCAGUCAGCCAUCUUGUUGUAAAUAGUUUGGAGGGUGUGUGUGUGUAAAAAAACAACAACAAAAAAAAGAAAUCAAUCCAUGCCUCACUUCCUGACCUGCCUUCUACCAAAAGCCACCAGUUGAAUUAACACACUCCUCAUCAGAUGUGACUGACCUGCUGUUGUACAGACGGUCGUACAGAGCUGUCAAGCUGCUAGAACAUGGAACAGAGAAACUCCCUCACUCCUGUACAGAAAGAACAAAAUCCUUAAUAAAAGAAUUUAAAGUGU